AUGGACAGAACACACCCCAAGAUCCCGAAAAACGCUAGUUCAGAACCCCAUCUUGAGGAUGAAUUGGAAUGUGAUGACAAUCAGUCGGCCAGGCGCGGCACAUUUGAACGCUUGGAAGAAACAAUAUAUCAGUUCCAGCAAUGCAAAGUGGAAGCGGCCACAGAGUCUUUGCAAGCUGCAUAUAGGCAUUUCCUGAAUCUAACCCCAGAUAGCUUCAGAAACCCGGCUGACUACGAGAAGGAGCAGGUGGAUCGAGGUAGAAAGAUGUGUUUGAGUCAUUGUUCCGCCCCUCCUUUCUUUGGUGUUGUUUUGUUAAACCUCGAGCUGACCUCAGAUAAGGAUGUCCAUUUUUAUGCCAGCUUUGCUAUUGUCUUUGGUGCUGUUGCACUCAAGCUGCAUAAAUAUAAAAUAGCUAUAGACUUAUUUCAGCGAUGUUAUUCUCUUUUCACAUUUGAUGCCACGCCAUGUCCUGAAAACAACAUGCAAAUUAUCGAUAUUUUAAGAGCAGUAGCCAAGGCUAAUGUAGGUUGUGUUUAUCUGAUUAUGAGAGUUAUAGAGAGGGCUAAGGAUUAUCUAGAAUGUGCGCUGGAGAUUUUUGAAGCAUUUAAAAGCAAAAACAAAACUGACUCUCCAGGAAUAUACAUUGUUGCCAUACAAAUCAACUUAAGCUUAGCUUACCAGUGUCAGAAAAACUACCCUGCUGCAGUGAUGUUGCAAGAGCGUCUUCUUCUGAAAGCCAAAGACCCCAUUAUUCCCCCACAUUUGGUAGCUUCUAUACAUUACAAUAGAGCAGAGUUGUUCAUAGAGCUCAAAGAACCUGUCAAAGCCCUCAUGGAGCUGAGGACAUUGGAUUCACUAUCUGAUAGGAUGAUCAAUAAAGAAGGAAUUUUCUCGAACUUUAUAUCUUCUAAAAUUUGUUUGGCGUAUCAGGAGAUUGGAGAUAUGGCUCGUGCAAGGAAAAUAGCGGAACGCUUCACUUUCCCUUCUCUUUCCCCUGAAUCGUCAUCAUCACCACCAUCGCCCUCGUCAAAGUCUUUUUCGGCAGCAUCAGGGUCAGGGUUAGGGUCAUCAUCAUCAUCAUCAUUAUCAUCAUCAUCUUCAUCAGUUUCAUCCUCGUCAUCUUCAUCACCUUCGUCAUCAAUAUCGUUAUCUGCAUCGUCUGCUUCGUCACUGAUGUCUUCAUUUUCAUUUGUCUUUUCCGAUUUUGAAGCUGUCCUCGGAUGUAGUGGAAAAUUCCAUUGGGACUUCUUGUUCGCGACGAUAUUGAAUUUAGUUGAUUAUCACUUGAACGAGAAAAACUUAGACUUUGUAUCCUUCCUCGAUGUUUUUGUACCAAGUUGCAAGGAAACGCUUGGGAAAAACCACCCAACACAUGCAUCGUUUCUCUAUAGGCAAGGUGUCAGAUUUUUUCUGAUUGAAAGAACCUUGUCAUCAAAGAACUACUUUGAAGAAGCAUUAAGUAUUUUGAGAAGUUUGGCCUACGGUUCAGACCACCCGGAUUUGGUGCAAUGUAAUAUCGCUCUUGCAAGGUUACUAUUGUGCGAGGACUGUCAAGAGGUUUCUCAGUUGAAGUCGCGCCCUGACCGAAGCCGGGGAGAAUUUCCUUGUGACGGGGCUGAUGGAGUUGUGAGCCCUGAUAUUCCAUCAUUUGGAGAAGACAGCAACAAGUGGGACAGCAACGAAGAAUUAGACGAACCAGGUAAAAUUUCUUGUCAAGAAAACCGUAAAGGCAAGUACUACUAUCGACUUAAAAAUCCAUCCCAAAAGGAUAAAAACAGAGGAAUCAGCAUCUCACAGAAGAUACUGGAAAUACCAAAUGAAGUCAGCGAUGGACGGAAUUACUUUCUUAAUGGAGGAGAAGUGGUUGCAGACAGCGGUGAAAACCGCGAUGUACUUCCUACAAAUGGAGCUUCCGGCUUUGACAAGGAUUGGAAAAUCCAAGCUGUUGUCCCUCCAAACACACCAGGAGAUUCCCAUGAGAGUAAUUCGAAAACAAAAAUAUCUCUUGGUUUGAAAGGUGGACGCCGAAACGAUCCUCUGUCACGCCACAGUUCACAAAGGGAUCCGAGUGAGGAUGACUUUGGAACAAAUCACAUCGGAAUCGAUCCCAGUUUUCUCGCACGUCAUUCAUGUGAGUGCAAUGCAUCUGAUAAGAAAUGGGAUUCUUGUGGUCCAUUUGAAGAUUUAAAAGCGCCUGCAGGCACCCACUCCGAGUACAACAGAUCUGGGUGUAUGUCUGAAGUGUACCACCCAACUCCCCCAAGUUCAUCGACAUCUCCUGAAUGUCGUGAUUUUAAAAAAUUCGAUGCUGGAGAUCAUCCUGCCUAUGCUAGCACUAUGGGAUCUCCUGCACAAAUCUACUUAAGUUCUGAUGGUUAUCAGUCUCAAGAGUCAUCCCUAAACUUAGUCCUGAUGCCUAAAACUGUUCCAACGAAGACCUUAGGACUGCCUCAAUCUUCAAAUUUCCUUCAAGAUGGAUCUAAAGCAAAUCCCCCGUCGACAGUUAAAGAGUUUCCCACUGGUAAUGUACGGGCAAAAACUUCGCCAAAUAUCUUCUCAGAUGGACAUGUACUCGCCGAAAGGCCGACGUUCUCAUCGCAGUUUGAAGGAAAAGAUGACGCUCCAGAAUUUCUUCCGGACGGGGAGGGUGCAGGAGCUGGUCAGGGUCUGUUAAACAGUAAUUUAGACACAUCUGCUGACGAGUCGUUGGCCGUCCUCGAGCAACGUGUGGCUGAAGCUUGCUGUCUUGUCGAGAAAACGUUGAAAGAAAGACAAGAAAGAGAGAAAUCGAUGAAAGAAACGGAGCGAAAAAGAAAAGAUGAGCGGGUAAGGAAACAACAACUUGCACGUGAAAGAAAAGAAAGGGAAGCGAGGGAAGCGAGAGAAACGGAACUCAGGAAUGAAAGAGUAGAGGGGAACUCCACGAGCGGUGGACAAGAAACACCUUCGCAAGACUCAGCUCGUGCUGAGGUUCGACAAUGGCUGUGUGAACAUUAUCAGCGGCUCUGCCGUGUCAAGUUCUCAUGCUGCGGAAUAUUCUUUCCUUGUCAUCGUUGUCAUAACAACUCUGGGUGUCCAAAUGACAAUUCCAAAGCAAGAGAGGCGUGUUCUGUUGAGUGCUCUGUUUGUAGCCAUCAACAAGAGAUCAAUCAGGACGCCCACACCUGUGUCAGAUGUAAAACAAGGUUCUCAGCAUACUUCUGCUCGGUGUGUAAGCACUUCACAGGGGAGGAUAAAGCUCCUUAUCACUGCGAAAAAUGUGGUAUCUGCCGUAUCUACAAGGACCGCUCCUUCCACUGUGAUGUGUGUAACGUCUGUCUGGACAAACGGUUGGAAGGAAGACAUUCUUGCCGAGAAAAUUCAGGACAUGACGAGUGCUGCAUCUGUUUGGAGGACGCAUUCAGUAGUUGUCAAAUCCUACCAUGCUCUCACAAGGUUCAUAGAGAGUGUGCCAUUGCAAUGAUACAGAAUGGCGUUCGCAGCUGCCCAAUUUGUCGCCAUCCUCUAUACAGUCAGACAAAUGGCAACGAGUGAAUGACAACGUCCAUCCCAGGCCCUUCUCUUCCUGCCUCUUUGAUAAAAUGGAGAGGACCCUGGGAAUGGAGCUGAAAGGAUGAUUUUGAAA